UUUAUUUAGUAAUAUUUAAUUAUAAUAUCAUCCUUAAAACAAAACACCAAUAGAUUCCUCUUCAUUUGGUGAAGGGAUUUAAAUUGAAACCCUAGUGAAGUAUUUGGUUAAUUUUGAAAUGGGUUGUGCUCAAUCCAAGAUUGAGAAUGAGGAAGCUGUGUCUAGAUGUAAGGAUCGCCGGAAUUUUAUGAAAGAAGCCGUGACGGCGAGAAAUGCUUUUGCUUCCGGUCAUUCCGCUUAUGCUAUGGCUUUAAAGAACACUGGUGCAGCUUUAAGUGAUUAUGCACAGGGGGAGGUUGAAGAGAUUUAUCAUCCACAUUUGGGUGGCGGUGGCGGUGGUGGUGAGCCGUCUGAGCCACCACCCCCGCCUCCACCGAUAAUGGAGCAGCCUCCUCCGCCACCUCCACCGCCGUCGUCAACUUAUUCACCUGUUCCGCCACCAAUGCCUAGCUUUUCACCUACACCGACUACACCAUUACAACGGUCAGUAACAAUGCCGGCUAUUUCGGUUACGAAAAAGAAUGGUAGGAAGAUAAAUAAUGGUUCUAUACUCGAGGAAGAUGAAGAGGAGGAGGAGGAGGAAGAAGAUAAUGUGAAUGAUUUGAGAGGAAGAAAGGGGCGAAAAGGUAGCAGUAGGAUGCCAAAGGUGGAUGAGACUCCGUCGCCGUUGUCUAGGACUCCUGUGGCCCCACCUCCACCGGAGUCUAAGGGGAUGGCUUGGGAUUACUUUUUUAUGGUCGAUAAUAUGCCAGGGAGACAUUUAAGUGAAGAAGAAGAAGAUGACGAUGAUGAUAUAAUCCACGAAAAGGAUGACGAAGAGGACGAGGAAGAAGAGCACCACCUCCACCACCAUCAGAAUCAUCACAUCCGUCACCAUCAGGUUGAGCCUAAAACACCAGAGAAAGUCGUAAUGGAGGGGUUUACGACAGAGGAAGAAGAGACGCCGGUGAUGGUGGGAAUGAAGGAUAAACAAUUUUUACAUUCUAAUACAGCACCGCCAGAUCUUAACAGGAGAAGCGGUGGAGGAGUGGUGAAUGGCGGUGGCGGCAUGGUGGUCGGCUCAAGUAAUGUGAAUUUGUUAAAGAUUUUCGGCCAAAUCGAUGAUCAUUUCUUGAAGGCUUCUGAGAGUGCACAAGAGGUAUCAAAGAUGCUUGAGGCAACACGGUUGCAUUAUCAUUCCAAUUUUGCGGAUAAUCGAGGUCACAUUGAUCAUGCUGCAAGAGUUAUGCGUGUGAUCACAUGGAAUAGAUCAUUUAAAGGUGCGGGUAAUGGUGAAAAUGGAAACGAUGAAUAUGACGAGGAGAAAUAUGAAACACAUGCCACCGUGCUUGAUAAACUUCUAGCAUGGGAGAAAAAGCUUUACGAAGAAGUGAAGGCUGGGGAACUUAUGAAGUUAGAGUAUCAAAGGAAAGUUGCAUUACUCAACAAAUUGAAAAAACGUGGGGCAAGUACUGAAUCAUUAGAAAAAACAAAGGCAGCGGUGAGUCAUUUGCAUACAAGAUACAUAGUUGACAUGCAAUCUUUGGAUUCAACUGUUUCGGAAGUAAAUGACAUUCGUGAUAAGCAGUUAUAUCCUAAACUAGUGGCUCUUGUUGACGGGAUGUCAAAGAUGUGGGAUUCAAUGUGUGAACACCAUGACAACCAAUUAACAAUUGUCACAGACCUCAAAUCUCUUGACGUUUCAGGAGCCGCCAAAGAAACCACAAAACAACACUAUGAAACAACUGUUCAGCUCUACCAUGUGGUUCAAGGGUGGCACUCACAUUUUGAAACCCUGGUAACCCAUCAAAAGCAUUAUGUCCAAGCCCUCAACAAUUGGCUAAAACUCAAUCUAGUUCCCAUCGAAAGUAGUUUAAAAGAGAAAAUUUCAUCUCCACCUCGAGUCCAAAACCCUCCCAUCCAAGCCCUCUUACAUUCGUGGCAUGACCACCUUCAGAAGCUUCCAGAUGAGCUUGCAAAAAGUGCCAUUUCAUCGUUUGCUGCGGUUAUUGAAACCAUUAUGAACCAUCAGGAAGAAGAAAUGAAACUUAAAGAUAAAUGGGAGGAAACUAGAAAGGAAUACUUGAGGAAAACUCAGGCUUUUGAAGAUUGGUAUCAUAAGUAUAUUAUGAGACGUGGCCCACAAGAUGAGACUGAUACAAAUCGGGGCACAGGCACAGAUCCAGUUGCAGAAAGGCAGUUUGUGGUUGAGACACUAAAGAAGAGACUUGAAGAUGAAAUGGAAGCUCAUCAAAAGCUAUGCAUUCAAGUGAGGGAUAAAUCCUUGGGAAGUCUUAAGAUUCGGUUGCCCGAGCUUUUUAGAGCCAUGUCGGAUUAUGCUCAUGUGUGUCGAGAUUCAUAUCGAAGGUUGAGAUCCAUCAUGCAUUCACAGAAUCGCCAAAAUGGAAGUUAAGUAGUUUCUUAUAUAAUCUUGUGGCCUAUGAUCAUGUUGUAUCCGCAGUUUUGAAAAUGUGGACUGAUGUAUGCUAUAAUUCUGUAAAAAUUGUUGUUUAUUUUUAGUGGAGAUUCUAUUGUCAA